UAUUGCUUUGCUUGUUUGUUAAAUGAAAAAACCCUAAAAUUCUUUUAUAUUUUCUGUAUGUCAUGGAUGGUUAGUGUGAGUAGUUAUGCAUUAGAAGACCUCGAUGAUACUAUCAUAGAGCUUCCUAGGAUUUUAUCACUUGUUUUCACAUCACUGGACCAAGCCCUUGUUCGCCCAACUUAUCAAUUAGAGGCAUACAUGUCUUGACCGAGAGUUUUCAUGCAAUCAGAAAGGCCACUAGAUGUUUAACAGGAAGUUUCCCAACUUAUCCCGCCCUCUCUACCAUAAACCGCUGCAAUUCGAGAGGUAAUCCGCUACAAAAUAUUUCACAUUUAUUAGAGCCAAGGCCAGAGGGAGUUUUAAAUUUGUGUAACACCCUUUGUAUACAAUAAAUACCAAAGUUAGACCCAUCCUAUAAAUUAACUAUUCAUUCAUGAAACACAAAUGGGUCAUCCUGACUCUCUUACACAUGGGAUGGGAAAACAAACCAUGAUUUUUGGCAACAUCAUCAAGUAAGCAAGUAUGAGUUUCCUUAGCAAUAUAAAUGGUGCCUUCUACUGUACCCUGAGUAAAAUCCGGGGUACAGCAUACCUUGAGUAUGGAAACGGUAUCUAGACCUCGAAUUAGCAGGAUUUUUUGGUCUGAUACUAUACCCUAACCCUUAAUGAGUGAACCCUAGGUCCUAAUUAUCUAAAUCAUAAUCUAUAAACCCUAAGAUGAUGCAUUCCUUUUUGUGCCUAUAUUUGGACGAAUCAUAACCGUCGAUUAUUUUUUCUAAUUAAAUUGAUGAUCUUGGAGUAUAAGAUUGGGAGAAUUAAGACCUAGAUUUUGAUCUUUAAGGGAUAGAGUAUAGUAUCAUGUCCGAAAGAUCGGUCAAUUCAAGGUCUAGAUAGUGUUUUCAUACUCAAGGUAUGCGGUACCCCGGAUUUUACCCAGGGUACCGUAGAACUCGCCAUAUAUAUAUAUAUAUAUGGCGAGUUCUACGGUACCCUGGAUGAAAUCCGGGGUACCGCCUACCUUGAGUAAGAAAACGCUAUCCAGAACUUGAAUUGACUAAUCUUUCCGGACAUGAUACUAUACACCAACCCUUAAAGAUCAACAUCUAGGUCUUAAUUCUCUAAAUCUUAUACCCCAAGAUCAAUUUAAUUAGAAACAAUAAUCGACGGUUAUGAUUCGUCCAAAUAUGGGCAAAAAAAUCAAUGCACCAUGUUAGGGUUUAUAGUUUAUGAUUUAGAUAAUUAGGACCUAGGGUUCACUCAUUAUGGGUUAGGGUAUAAUAUCAUGCCCAAAAAUCCUGCUAAUUCGAAGUCUAGAUAGCGUUUUCAUACUCAAAGUAUGCGGUACCCCAGAUUUCACCCGAGGUACCGUAGAAAUCACCAUAUAUAUAUACCAUAUAUGGGUCAUACUGGUGUAUGUCAGGCGUAUAGUAGAUUUUACAACAAAAUCUUUUUGCCUCAGUAACCUUUGAUAAAAGGAAACCACAAUUUCACUCAUCUUCCCAGUGCCUAUAAAUAUAGUAUUAACACCAUCCAUCAAAGACCAAAUUGUGUUUUGUUUCUACAUCGAGUUAGCUGACUUGUAAAAGAAUGCAAUAUUUGAAUCUUUACAUGAGAGACAAAGUUCUCUAGAUUUUUGGCAUAAAAAUGACUCCUCUACAUAUUUUAAAGAAGUCAACUCCUUACUUAAUCGAAUUUCAUUCUCAAAAGUAAUGCAAUACCUACUAUUGAGCUUGAGAAAAUUCAACCUCUUUAUCUCGCACCUUACCUCGAAUACCAAAUGACUUAAGGUAGCAACAAAGGUUCCCCUUCUUUUUUCUUCUCUUAUGAAGUUUUGAGUUAUAGAGAGAAUAAUAAACUUCUUUACUCAGUCGCUUCAAAAGACCUUUCAAUGUACUUAGCUUUUUAUACACCCUAUCCAUCGUUUACUUUGAUCUCUUGGAGUUCUUGGGUGAUGUAAUCUAGCUGGGCUUUAAGAUCCUUGGCUGGUUGACUAGUUUGUUCUUUCCUUGAAGCUCGUGAAGUAAGGGUCAUAAGUUCUGCUACUCACUUUGUGACGGGAGAUUUUGCAUACUACCUCUCUGGAUACCCAUGGAGGGGCGACCGAGUCUACUACUUCUUGAAAGGUGGCAAGAUGGGUGAUCGGAUCAUCGCCUUCAUGAGCUAAGAAAGGUAAUUGCUUCUCAAAAGCUAGAAUGUGUCGUAAGUGGUUGCAAACGUUCCUUGGGAGAUCUCUAGUUGAGUGAUACUAGGUCGAAUAUCGACUACCUUGGGCCAAAAGAAGUCAGCUCAGGUUCGGGUCACCUCUCCCAUGGAGUAAGAUCCUUGGAUCCUCGAGGUAGUGAGCUGAUGCCCUCGAAGUGCAAGACUGGCGGCAUAAUUAGCGGAAAAAUUUGAUAUUUAAUACUUUAUCUAUUAUGAUACUCUAUCCCUUCCACGAAUGCAUGCCUAACUGAGCUUAUGCCACAUGCAAAAGGAACAAUUACUAGCUAAUGCAUGCUUUCCUUCAGUCUAUCAAUUAACUAAUGAAGAACAAGGAAGUUAAGAUAACACAUGGUUAAGUGUGGGCCUCUUGAGCCAUAAUUCGUGGUCCGCAGUAUCAAUGAUCUAAUUAACAAUCAAGCAUGCAUACACAAAUAGGUUGUCAAUCAAUCUAUACCUGCAUGGGAUAUUACAAGAAAUUAGUUUCCUAACAUCCUUGAUGAUAUUAUAAACAAUGACUAUAGUAGCAUACAAUAGAAUCACACGCAUCGAAUAAAAGCAUUAGAUGAUAUAGGCAUCAAUCAUAUAAACAUGAGAAUGAUUGAAGCAUCAAAUCAAACAACAUCUAAUCAACCAACAUCUUAUUGAAUCAUUAAAAGAUAAAUGAGCAUAACAAAAUCUACAUUACUAAACAAUCUCGAGCUAGCAUGUCAAUAGGGAGGGAGAAUAUAUAAUCAAUUAUGAAGAACAUCGAUGGUAGAGAAUUUCUCCUCCUUCCUAUGAGAUGCUAACUCGUGCCUCUUGGGCAGAGUAAGUGACUCACUUCUACUAUCACCCUAGGAAUUGGCCAAGUGAAACCACUUCCUAAAGCGUAGUAUAGCGGGUUUAGGUUUAAUUAUCAACCCGGGUCCUAGAUUUGAUGACUACUCAGUGAAUUCUUGUUAUCUAGCAAUGAAACUGGAAUGCAAGUCUAAACUAUCAAACAAACAAAGCAAACAAACGGUUGUAUUCAAGUUAAGAGAGGUCACCCGGAUAUGGUUCCCCCUAGACUGCAGUUAAGCCGGAUUGCAAUUACCAAGUUCAGUUUCUAUGAUAGUUAUACUGCGGAAGGUUCUUAAACAGCCUAAAGUCUCGACUAAAGGUCUUCAGACCCUCUCAAUCUGAGUCUCUAGCGGGCGACUAACCUCCACCGGAGUAAACAGAUUGAGGCCUUAACAAACAAAACCUCCACUACCGGAGUAAAGCCGGUACAGAAUAGUGAGUUGGCUCCUCGACUAAAGUCACCAACUCCCUACCUUCAAUCAAGGAUACUCUAUCAACCUAGGCAGAUAUUCUCAUUCUAGGUUAAAGCAGAAACAACAGGAAUUUGAUCAGGAUUCAAGUCAUUCAAUCAUUCAAACCUCAAUCGAAUAUAAUCAAUCAUAGAAUCAGUACUUGGGUUCAUACAAUCAAAGCCUAACAUACAAAUCUAGGGUUCUCCAUACCCAGAUGAAUGGGAGAACUACUCCAUGGAGAAAGAAGCAAAAGCAGAAUUAGACGCGGAAUUCAUACUGUGAAGGAUGGAUUCCUGCUCCUGGACGUUGAUCGGCACUUCUCCAAGCUCAAACUGGCCUCCAAUGAUGUUGAAGAUCAAUCUAGGGCGCUUGGAGACUCUUGUUCGUCACUUUCUCUCUCUAGGAAUCGUUUUCUCUCUCAAAAACUCGAAUCCCCUUCUGUUUGGCUGAAAAUCUGCUUAAAAAUGCAUCAGUGGCCAAAGCACGGUCGAGGGCACGACCGUGUAAUGCCUCAGCCCGCCCGUGCUUUGGCUAGGGUUAAUUACACGGCCAUGUGUUGGAAGAAACACGGCCGUGCUUGAUGAUGGACACGACCGUGCUUUGCCUGAACACGGCCGUGCUUUCAGCCCGUGUUUGCAGCUGAAUUUGCCAAAUCAAUUAGCUCUCGGCAUAAAAAGCACGGCCACCAGAACACGGCCGUGUAAUGAUUUAGGUGUGCCCGUGUUUUGGCUCCAGCUCACCGAAAUGACUUCCGAAUGCCCCGAAACUCGCGCUUAGCCUUCCCUUUGAUACCUGGGACCUGAAACAUGACAAAAUAGCACAACCCGGCGUAAAAUAGGCCAAAACACACGACUAUGCCCCUCAAACGGAUAAGAACUAGGGGCGCAAAUAUGUGCAAUUACAUCGUUAUCAGUAAGUAAAAUGUGUGUCUAAAACCUCUAACUUAUGCCUCUAUAUAUAGUACAUGAGGGAAGGGAUUUUCUAAUCUUUUUUCCUAUUAAAGUCGGGGAAAACCUUCCUUGUACAAGUGAGCUCAGAUUUCCUUCCUUGGGGCCGAAGUUUGCACCUUCUAGAAGCUUCCCUCAAGUGGUGGUGGGUACCAUCGUGGACUUUUCUUCUCCAAACGAGAUCAUAUUCCUCUUGAGUGUCUUACAUCAUUGAAAAGCAAAAAUUAACACCAAAAGGCGUAAAACAAAAACACACUCGAGGUCUAUCUUAAGCAGCUAAUGCAAAUUGUUACGAUAUUCAUAUGAAAUAUAAUGAAAACUAUUAAAGAUACAUUGAUAGAAGAGGAAAAUGUAUCAAAUAUGAGAGUGAUAAUCACUACAAAUUGAGUGUUACUAUGGUGACGAUUGCAGUGGAUGAAGUGGCGAAAGAAGGUGGCGACCUGGCAACUACCGUGGUGGUCGACAUAACUAGCAAGACGGUGGAUCAUGGUGAUGGCUCGGUGGUGGCCAGCAUAACAAGUGAUUUGGCGGAGGUGUCCUCCGAUGACUCAUGUUCAUUUUUGUACAAUUGAACGAUUUUUUGCGUUCAAAAAAAUCAAGUUAUUACCCUGACUGAGAGAUGUGAAUAGCUCAAAUCGGAACCAAGCCUCUAAUACCAAAUGAUAGAAACCAAGAAAUUGAAGAAGAUUUAGGCGGAGACAAAAAUUAGGAGUUUAGAGGAAGAAUUUGGGGAAAAAGAGAAUAAAGAGGCUGGUGGUCU